AUGCUGUUGCUCUCGCUGUUAUCAAGCAUUUGGAUUGCUGCACCUUUGGUCCUUGCCGAUGCACUACCACAAUCCGCCAUUUCUGGUCCUUGCAUUGCUGACGAAGACUGUGCUGUAUACAACAAACGUCUUGCUGGAUGGGCUCCUGGUCCACAGCCCGGCGGAUAUCUGUGCGUGAAUGCCAUGUGUAAAUACGUUGUGGCUGCUGGUGAGCUUUGUUCAAGGUCAUCGGAUUGUAGUGUUUAUGAAUAUAUCAGACGGACAGUAGCACGAAAUGCUUCCGCAUCACUUUUACCAACAGGUUCCGUUGCUAACAUGACGGGAUAUAUGAACUCAAUUUGCAGUCCAUCAUACUGCACGAUUGCAUCUACUUGCUCGCGAAUUUCCGAUCCACUUUUCAACUAUGACCCUACAUUUGGCAUAAUUAAUCUUCCAGAUCAACACGUGGGAAACUCUUGUUGUGGUGGUGCAACAGACCAUGAUGCUUGCUCACAACUAGGCUCUUUUCUCGAUAUUUGUAGUAUUGAUCAUACUUGCUCCGCUUCUCCUGAUCCAACUAUAGAUCAUUUAACAUGUGCUCCAGUUAGUGAGCGCUCUACUCAGUGGAUUGGUGUCAUUAUCACUCUGGUUGGUGCAGCUACUCUUAACAUUGGUCUUAAUCUGCAAAAAUUGGCAUUGCGAAAGCGUCAAGAAAAGUUUGUCAAGAAAAAAGAACAGCAGCGAUCCAACGUGGUUCGCAAAAUUACUUCUUUUCGUGUAGGCCUUUCUGAUUUGUAUCGGAAAUAUUCAUUUGCUAGUUUGCCAUUUGGUCGUCGUACUCCAUCAGAGUCGCCUCCCCCAGCUUCGACUCAAACGGAUGAGUUAUCUACCAUAAACAUGCCUGAAUCUACCUUCAAUUCCAACAGCCGAAGUCCUAAUCCAACCACAACAGGCGAUCUUCGGCCUAAUCCUGGUGAAACAAAUCUUUUGUUGGAUGGUUUGCCAACUUCAAAAGCACACACGACCGAUUCUUUUGCUCGUCCUACUACCAACGUGUCUCAAACGCAAGAUUUCUCCAAGUCUCGUGAGCAUCUUAAUACAUUCGAAGCAUCAUCAACGAAUGCACCCAUUGUUGCUCUAGAUUCAUCACAUUUAACUCUUACGCAGUCAGAGAAUAAAGUAGCUCACACCGAUUAUGAUCGUACAGGAUUUCCAGAAACAUCCGAAUAUAGCACUGUUUUGAAUCAGCAAGCUGACCAGGAUGAAAUCGUUUCUCAGGAUGCAUUGAAACCCAAGUCAGGAGCAGAAAAUACUAAAUUAGCAAACGGCAAGUACCCAGCACCUGUUCCUCGAGCCAAGUCUACAAAUGAUCAUCGAGCUCAUCGUCUUAGCAUGGGAAACACACCAGAAUUUGAAAAGAAGCUCAAUUUCAGCAGUCUGCUACGUAGCCCAGCAUGGAUGUUGGGAAUGCUGGUGUUUAUUAUUGGAAACUUUUUAAACUUUAUCGCUUUGCAAUUUGCUGCUCAGUCUCUUGUUGCUCCAUUAGGAUCUAUUUCUCUUGUGGUGAACGUAAUUAUUGCACCGUUGCUUAACAACGAAAAAUGGACAUACAAAGAUGUUGUUGGUGUGAUUUUGAUUGUGGGUGGAUCAAGUAUGGUUGUAGCAUUUGCUGGUGUUAGCGGCAAAGACUACAACCUUUGCGUGUUGAUGGCACUGUUUCGUCGUGUUCCAACCAUUGCGUUUUUAGUAGUGACAAGUACCUUGAUUGCCGUCGUAUUUUGUACUAUUGUCAUAGUGGAAAAGAAUUUGGAUAUUGUAGAUGAACCAACUGCUGCAACAAUCAAGGAAACACUUGCUGGACGACUUAUCAAGGUUGAAACAAAUGGGGAUGGAAAUGACGAAGAUCGGCCUAGUGAUGAGAGCGAUGCCCAGGUGCCUGUGAUUGCGGAUAAUAUAAAUGGACUGACUGUGAGUGUUCGUGAACGCAUGACAUCAGAUGGUGAAACUCGGCGUACUCUAACACUUGCAGAGGCUCCAUCUCCCCUCAAAUCUGGCUUUGGAGAAGAAUUACAAAAUGGAGAUGCUUCGAGAUUCAUUCCUAAAGAAAACACGGUUGGUAAUCUAUUGAAUGCUAAAAAUUCUGAUGGCCGGUCAGUGUACUCGGUAUGUCUUACUUUUGUUGUUGAUGAUGCCAACAAGCAAAAAACGACACAAUCCAACACGCCGUCGCUCAGCACGUCCGCACCCAAUGCCAGUGCAAGCUUUCUUCCAGUCGUCCCCAAAACAUCAUCUAUUGGCGGAUUCGAGAAUGUAAGCCAGACUGCUAAAGUUGAUACUCGAUCUCCUUCAUUGGAUUGCAGCAAUGACAUACAUGAGGCUGUUUGUGCCUCGUCUCAAGACCAAGCCGAUGAUACGAUACACCAUUUAGGCCAAAUUGCUACUGUUCCUGGUCGACCUACUCCAUUUGGAAUAUCUUCCAGGCAUUCGCACGACACUCAUAUUGAGCAUCAUCCCAUGAUGCCACCUAUUUCUCUAUCUCGUGAACCAACAUCCACAUCGACAGUAAAAUCCUUCAAACCGCAUAGAUUGAAGUGUUUGCAGUCUAUCCGUAAUGCAUUCAACCAGCUUCCAUUCAUUAUUUUUCUCAAAAAUAUCAAACUUGUUCCACGACUCAAGCACAAAAUCUCGCUCAGCUCAAUUGCUGUUCGAGUGAUUCUUCCUUUUAGCUAUGCCUCGCUCGGCGGUUUAAUGGCAACCAUUACUGUUCUUUUUGCAAAAGCUACAGUCCAUCUGCUUUCAGCCACUUUUUUUGAAGGUAACAACCAGUUCAACAACUUUGGAUCGUGGUUGAUUACAGGUGUGACGGUUGUUACUGCUGUAAGUCAAAUAUACUGGAUCAAUAUGGGUCUUCAACGGUACGACGCACUUUUGCAAAUCCCAGUAUUCUACGUUGUGUGGACAUUAUUUGAUGUUGUUGGUGGUGGAAUCUACUUUGAUGAAUUUAGAGGAUUCAACACCAAGCAAUACGCACUGUUUAUCUUUAGUGUGUGUGUGAUUUUUGCUGGCGUUUCUGUGUUGGCAAGCCGGCUAAAGUCUUUGAGCGACGAGGAAAUACUGCUGAAUGGUGGAGUUGUUCCAGAAGUUGGUAAAGUAGAACAAAAGAAUGACGAGGAAAGGGGAGGAAAUCCCCUAAUGUCUCGAAUGAACGAUGAAUCAGUCAGUACCACCAAUGGUAAACCCUGA